GGACCGUGAAGUUCAUACAAACGCCAUUUUUUGCUUCCCACAAAACGGAUAAGCUUCGUCCCAACACUCUCCCAGUAAAACAACUCUCAUCAACUAGACCAAAUGCUAGCAAAUCCCACAUUCCAUGGCGGGCCUCUGCAAUUCACUCCAACUACAGCUCGUUACAGAUUAUAUCCUCUGCAACUCGCAACGUCCUCCAUUUCCAGUAGAAGUGCUUUAACCAGAAGAAGAAAUAGCCGCAAACUCUGGCAUAAAUUGCAUGUUCGAGCUACUUCGACUUCGUUGCCUUCUGGCUCUUAUGCAGCUCUGCCCCACCCUUAUUCUGUCAGGAUUCCUGCUGGAGAUCGUUAUAUAACGGUAGAGACAGGGCGUAUAGGCAGGCAAGCCAGCGGCGCAGUUACUGUAACUGAUGGAGAAACUAUUAUAUACACAACUGUCUGCAUUUCUGAAGAUCCGAGUGAGCCUUCUGAUUUCUUCCCUCUAUCCGUUCAAUACCAAGAAAGAUUUUCAGCAGUUGGUCGUACCAGCGGAGGAUUUUUCAAAAGAGAAGGUAGAGCAAAGGAUCAUGAGGUCCAUAUCUGUAGAUUGAUAGACAGGCCUCUGCGGCCAACCAUGCUUAAGGGAUUCUACCAUGAAAUUCAAGUACUUUCUUGGGUAUUAAGUUAUGAUGGUUUGCAUCCCCCCGAUUCUUUGGCAGUGACAGCUGCUGGAAUUGCCAUGGCCUUAUCCGAAGUACCAAAUUCAAAGGCCGUUGCUGGAGUACGAAUUGGUCUUAUUGGGGAUAAGUUCAUUAUAAAUCCAACCACAACAGAGAUGGAGGAGUCAAGGCUGGAUUUGUUACUGGCAGGCACAGAUGAUGCAAUAUUGAUGAUUGAGGGAUAUUGUGAUUUUCUCUCCGAGGAAAUAUUGCUUGAAGCUGUACAAGUCGGACAGAACGCAGUACAAGCCAUAUGUAAGGAGGUUGAAGCUUUAGUGGAUAAUUGUGGAAAGCCAAAAAUGUUUGAUGCAAUCAAGCUGCCUCCUCAGGAACUCUACAAUCUGGUCGAAGAAAUUGCUGGGGCUAAACUGUCGGAACUUUUACAAAUUAAAAAUAAGAUUCCUAGAAGGAAAGCAUUAUCAUUGUUAGAGUCUGAGGUUACAAGCAUACUUUCAGAAAAGGGCUAUGUUCAGAAGACAGAAGAGCUUGUACCCAAUGAACUUUCACUAGAGUCAUUGCAAGAAGAGGAUGAAGAAGUCGUUGUUGACGGUGAAGUUGAUGAAGGUGAUGUUCACAUAAAGCCACCUGGAAGGAAAUUUAUUCCCUUGCUAUUCUCUGAGGUAGACGUGAAGCUGGUAUUUAAAGAGAUCACAUCCAGAUUGUUGCGCAAGCGGAUUGUGGAGGGAGGAAAGAGAAGUGAUGGAAGAACUCUUAAGGAGUUACGUCCAAUCAGUUCGAGUUGCGGGCUACUCCCCCGAGCACAUGGAAGUGCUCUUUUUACGCGAGGAGAAACACAGUCUUUAGCAGUGGUUACACUUGGUGACAGACAAAUGGCACAAAGGAUAGAUAACAUUGUUGAUGAAGAUGAAUAUAAGAGAUUCUAUCUGCAGUACUCUUUUCCGCCUUCAUGUGUUGGGGAAGUUGGAAGGAUGGGAGCACCAUCUAGGAGGGAGAUUGGUCAUGGAAUGCUGGCUGAGAGAGCCCUAGAACCCAUACUGCCUUCUAACGACGAUUUUCCUUACACAAUACGUGUUGAGAGUACAAUAACUGAAAGCAAUGGCUCAUCAAGCAUGGCAUCCGUAUGUGGGGGGUGCUUAGCAUUGCAGGAUGCCGGUGUUCCUGUGAAGUGCUCUAUCGCGGGUGUAGCUAUGGGUAUGGUUUUGGACACCAAAGAAUUUGGGGGUAAUGUAACUCCCCUAAUUCUUUCAGACAUCACAGGAUCAGAGGAUGCUUCCGGCGAUAUGGAUUUUAAGGUUGCUGGAAAUGAUGAUGGAAUCACUGCAUUCCAAAUGGACAUUAAGGUGGUUGGAAUUACGUUACCAAUCAUGAAGCAAGCUCUUUUACAAGCAAAAGACGGUCGAAAAAAGAUCCUUGCUGAGAUGUUGAAGAGCUCGCCACCUCCUUCACAGAUGCUAUCAAAGUAUGCGCCAAUAAUUCAUGUGAUGAAGGUCGAACCUGAUAGAAUUAAUCUUAUAAUUGGAUCUGGUGGGAAAAAAGUGAAGGGCAUUAUUGAAGAAAGUGGAAUUGAAGAUAUUCAGAUACAAAAUGAUGGAGUCGUGAAGAUAAUGGCGAAGGAUUUGGAAACUUUAGAAAAGGCCAAAGCCAUCAUCCUUAAUCUCACAAUGGUUCCAACGGUUGGUGACAUAUACAGGAAUUGUGAGAUCAAAUCAAUUACUGCUUUUGGAGUUUUUGUAGAGAUUGCUCCUGGCAGAGAGGGACUAUGCCAUAUUAGUGAAUUGAGUACAGAUUGGCUGGACAAAGCAGAAGACGUCGUUAAAGUAGGAGAGCAUAUUGAUGUCAAGCUUAUUGAGAUCAAUGACAAAGGACAACUUAGGUUAAGCCGUCGUGCAUUGUUGCCAAAACCUGACACAGAAAACCCUAGUGCAAAGGAUACUGUUGUUUUACAGAAAUCUCCUGAGAAAAGUAAACCUGAGAUGAGCGUAUCAAAGGUUGUCUUAGAGUUAGAGAAUGCUAAGACCGCUAAAAUCAAGAGUGCUGUCUUAGAACUUAAAAGUCCACACAAGAAAUUGGCGAGCCCCUUUAAGCAUGGGCGAAGUGCAGCUGAAAACAAGCCAUCAAAGGGAAGUGGUAAAUCUGCGAUCAACCUUCCAAGCAAAUGUUGAGGUAGACCAAAAAUUGGGAUAGCGAAUGUUGUGUUCCACUCCAGUUUUCUUCUAACUUGGUGGAUAUGGUCUCUCCCCUUGUAGCAAACAAAGGUUGGUCACUGCACUUUGGAGCCGUUGCAAUCGUGCAGAAAUGCAUUCCUAUGGUGGCAACGAUACAUAAAAAAGAGAAUAGUAAAUGAAACUAUAUUCUCAGAAUUGGAUAUGAGCAAAAGAGGACCAAGUUUAUGGGAGAUGAAGCAGUUAGCGGAAUUAGUUGAGACGUUGUAUGCAUUAUUAAUUAUUUUAUUAUCGCUAUCCGUUGGGAAUUUUGUCUUCAACCUGCAAUUAAAAUUUUGUUUUUAGUACUUGUUUGUGAGUUGUAACUUGGUGUAAAAAUAUCAGGCUUUUUAAGUAGUCAUUAUAUGCAAUAACUGAGCAGGAAUAUGAUCAUUAUUAAUUUCCCC